UGUGUGAGGUAGUGGUACUCAAUUAACUGAAUCUAUAGCCAUGUUUGGAAAGCCAUUAGAGAGUAGAUAAAUACAAAAUCCCACACCUUCCCUUCUUUCAUCUUACUGUAUUAUUAUUAUUAUUAUUUUUAAUCUGUAUAAGAAUGAGAGGUUCUCCAUCUGGGAGAAGUGAGGAAAUGAAGCUCCAUCCUCCUCUCUAACGGCUAUUGGCUCUUUUCUUCUUUUUCUUUUUUCUUUUCCCAUUUCCUCUUGUUUAAUUUGGCUCUCACCCUUCUCUUAGUUAAAUGGAAUUUCAUGACAACAAUAAUGGCAACAAUCACAACAACAAUAAUAUGUGAGUGAUCUUGUUUCUCUUUCUCACACCAUCUAACUUUGCCAUUUGGGGAUCUAUCUUUCCAGGUUUGCACUGGGGUUUAGAUUUAUUAUGUGGUUAUAGUAUGCUUUGUAUUUCUUAUCACUUUUUCCUGCAUUUCAAUUGAUUUUCAAGUAUCUCCUUGUGACUAACUGAUCAGUCUUUUGAAAUACCAAUAUGUAGAAGAUUCUGAACAAACUUUCAUUUAUAAACAAGUGGACUAAUUUACCUUCAGAUAGUUAUUUAAACUAUCUGAAUCUGUUAGUGCCCAAAUUUUAUUGAACUAUCUUUUUGCACUUUUGGAUCAGUUUCCUGUUUGAUAGUUGGUCUUUAUCAAGAUUAUGCUGAAUAAUUACAUGCAAAAUCAAUGUGGUUCUGGCUGAAAUUUAUCAGCAUAAUGUGGCAACUUUUAACAGUUUGGAAAACAUUUUUUCCCCCCCUAUAUUUUCCUCUUUUUUUCAGUUUUCUGGUUGUAAUGUUGUCAUCAUUUGCUUCAUGGAGGAGAGCAAAAUACUGAUUCAUAAUCUGGUUUGUCUAAUGCAUAUAAGCUAUAUGUGGGAAUGCCAAGGAGAAGAAGAUCUUUAUGGGUCAAGAGAUCCAGCAGAUGAUGUUCUAUUCUCCUUUUGGGAUGGCAUGAACCAAGAAGAUGACAGUUUGUUAUACUUGCUGGGAGAUCAAACUCCAAUCAGAGAGUGUCGAGAUGUUAGCUACGAUAUAUCAGGUGUAGAAAGUAGUUCCAGAAAAGAAGUGGAGUGCGAAAAGUUGUCACUGGUUAAAAGGCGACGUGUGCUGCAAUUCGAUUCUGAUGAUUACGAGAGAGAAGGAAAUGAAAAUGCGCAAAUCACUUGUAUUAAUGUAACUAGUAAGGUGACAGAGAGUUCCGUGUCUGGAUAUAGCUCAGAAGAAAGGUUGCAACAGAAUACUCAAGAGAGCUCAGGUUCUCGAGAAUUCUGUGAUGUAGCACCUACUAUCAAAAAUGAUGUCGCAAAACAGACCACCAAUCUCGCCAAUCUUAAAAUUUUCAAAGGCAAGAAAUCCUUCAUUAAGACACAAAAGAAGUUAACCACUUCCAUUGUCUAUCCAUUUAACCUCAUCAAAUCAUGUGGAGAACAAGGUGAUCUCACAUUGAAGGAUAUAAAUCAUCUCAUCCAUUCUCCGCCACCAUCAAAAUCUAACAGCAAGAAGGACGAUGAGCCUCCUUACCUCACUUCGGCUUUCUCUGGGAAGCCAGUAGUUGAGAAAACUCAAAUUCGCACCGAAGGAGGAAAAGGCUGCAUUACUAUACUGAGAACAAAAGGCUGAAUCGUUAAGUCCGUCUUUUUCAGCUGAUUAUUAGCCCAAAUCUCUUGCUCCUGCAUUUUAUUCUGCAAUUGAUUUUAUGUUGCAUGAGAAGUAUCAGGCAUUUUUGUUGAAGAUUUUCCCUAGGAACAUCCUCUUUGUACUGGAUCCUCUGUUAGGACGAGAUUUAUUUUUGCAUUUUUCUUUUUGUCCUCUAAACUCCACCUAACCGUGUUGUAUUUGAGUGACGUGCGGCUUUCAAGAUAUAAUAAUUCUCUGUGAUGAUUCAAAUUUCAUUUC